AUCAACACUGACACAACAACAGCUCGCAAUGGUUGCCCGAUGGGUCUAGUGCCAGUGCUUGAGGAAUCGCAGGCCGCUCAAGCGCUUUUCGAAUAGCCAUGGCGAUGAUGCGGACCAGGACCAAAAGCCGAGGUAUGUGCCUCUGCCUUCUCGGGAUGAUCGCAUUGGCGCUGCUCGUGCAGCCGAGCACGGACUUUGCUCGAGGAGUUCCUGGGCUGAAGGACAGCAUGUUGGCAAAACGGCACCCGUUGCAUGCCGGAGUCGCUCGGCGCGCCGGGGCUGCGCAAGAGGACAACAGUGGCCAGGACCGGCGCGAUCUCGAGGAGGCGGCGGACCAGAGAAUGCGGGCCGAGUUCGUGGAAGAGGAUCUGCUCCUGGCGCGGCAGCAGCUGCAAUUUGCUCUGGAGGAGCAAGAGACGGCCCAGGCGCAGGUCAAGACGGCCCAGGCGCAGGUCGCGACAGCCCAGGAGCAGGUCGCGACAGCCCAGGAGCAGGAAGCAAUGGCGGUGAGGCGUCUCGCUCGGGCGGAGGAAUCGGGCGAUGCGAAAAAGGUGCAGGCGGCGGAGAGGAAGGUGGAGAGGGCGAAGAAGGAGGUCCAGGAGGCGAAGAAGGAGGUCCAGGAGGCAAAGAAGGAGGAUUCUCUCGGGCCACAGGUGACACGCUGGCACCUUUGGCGUGGCGCAGGACGCUUUAAUCAGCAGUUACGCUGGCGUUGCUCAUUGCAGUGGCCGAGCUCGGCCUGGGUCUUGGGAACGUUGAGGGGUUUGAAUUUCCCCGACCGCCCGGCGUGCUUUUAGUGGGGCUGCCCUAAGCGCAUCCACAAAACCAGGA